AUGCCACCCUCGUCCACUGGCGCUGUGUAUAAUUACAGCCACAAAGUCUCCAACGGAGCACCAACAGGCCCGACCCCUGUUCCGGUCGCGCCGGCAGAGCGACCCGCAAUUCCCGUAUCUUCGGACUUGGCAUACUCAAUCAACCGAUACGUCGACACUCCGGCGCCCUCGGACCGCCAUAUUCGGGCCCCGCUUUUCACUCGCCCGUUGCCGUCGCCGUCGCCGGAAGAAGCAGCGCUUGCUGGAAGCGUCAAGGCAUGUCACAAGUAG